UCAUGUUAAAGUCAGGAGGGAGGAGAGGGGGAGAAAGAGGGGCUAAAAAAUUAAUAUACGGUUGAAGAAAACAUAAGACCUUCGCCAAAUCGGUGGAUAGAACCGUGGAUAUCAUGGACAGGAAAAGGUGGGAGUGCUCGGCUCUCCCAAAGGGCUGGAAAAGGGAAGAAGUGACCAGAAAGUCGGGUUUGUCAGCGGGGAAAAGCGAUGUCUAUUAUUUUAGCAGAGGUGAGGAAGAGGAGGAAGAGCAGAGGCGAGAGAGAGGGGAGGCGGGUCGUUUGUUUAGUUUGUGUCCAACUGGAAAGAAGUUCCGGAGCAAGCCUCAGCUGGCGCGUUACCUUGGCAACUCUAUGGAUCUCAGCUCCUUUGACUUCCGUACAGGAAAGAUGCUCAUGAGCAAACUUAACAAGAGCAGACAGAGGCUCCGCUACGAUAAUAACAGUCAGACAAAGGGCAAACCAGACCUGAACACCUCUCUCCCAGUUCGUCAGACGGCCUCCAUCUUUAAGCAGCCUGUCACAAAAGUUACCAACCACCCCAGCAACAAAGUCAAAACAGACCCACAGAAAGCUGUUGACCAGCCAAGACAGCUGUUUUGGGAGAAGAAGCUGAGUGGCCUUAAUGCUUACGACAUUGCUGAAGAGCUGGUGAAAACCAUGGAGCUUCCAAAAGGUUUGCAGGGAGUUGGACCUGGAUGCACAGAUAAGACUCUUUUAUCUGCGAUAGCUAGUGCUCUGCACACUAGUGCUGCCCCUAUCACAGGCCAGCUGUCUGCAGCUGUGGAGAAGAACCCCGGUGUGUGGCUCAACACAGCCCAGCCCCUCUGUAAGGCUUUCAUCGUCACUGAUGAGGACAUCAGGAAACAAGAGGAGCUGGUGUACAAUGUGAGAAAGCGACUGGAAGAGGCUCUGAUGGCUGACAUGCUGGCUCACAUAGAAGAGGCGUCCAGUGGAGGAGAGGCACUUAAGGAAGAGGGGAACUGUCAUGAAGACAAAGAUGAUGUAUAACAAAGGGUGAUCAGGUGUUUUUAAACUACCUACAUACAGGUUUAUCAACACAAGUUCAACCAGGACCACAACUCCCCACUCCAACAGAUCAGCUCAACACCUUUACCAAGAUGCUCUAGUCCUGCUCUGUGGGACUCUGAUUUAAGCCCACUGGUUGAGAUUUCUCUCCAGGACUGUCAGUUGGGUUUUCAGAUGUAUUUUUUUUUUUUCCAGAAUGUGUUUUUACUGUCUGUAAGAACAAAACAUUUGCAGAUCUCAGAGUUGAAAGUGGCGCUACGAUGUUUCUAUGGAUUGAUGUGACAAUCGCUAAAUCCUCCAAGCAGUGUAGGUGUGGUGACAUCUUAGGAUGACAUAGGUGAUAAAGAACUAGUCCUUUAACAAUACAAUCAUCUGUGGUCAUGAUAUAGACGACAAAAUGAUGCAGUCAGUAUUGAGCAAUAUAGAGCACUGCGGAAGGAGUCGUGUGAAAGGCAUGUUGGGUUUUGGAGGCUGGUUAGACGUAGCCUCGUUAAAAUAGUUUAAGUUUGAUGCCUAAUUUUGACCAGUUUAGGGUAGUAGGACCUCAUGAUUGCAAAUUCCUAGGGGUUUGGCCAAACCAACUCUUUAAACAGUUAAAGUUUGGACUAGGGACAGUUUUAACAGUCUCUUAACAAUGUUAAUUUCUAUUAAACCCACUGGCAUCACUUUUGCCCAUUCACGUUUCUACAAAUUCAGUGUAAGAUCAGUUUGAUUUGAUGCUGGGAAAAAGUUUAGAAUUCUGUAUUUUAAAAGAAGGAAGUUCUGAGCUCCAGGUUCGAUUGACAUGUUUUAUUCUAAACUGCCACAAAGGUAUUUGUAGAUUUUAUGUUUACUUUGGUGUAUUGACAUUGAUAAGUUCAUAAAUGGUUAUCUUGGGCACAAUGGUGUAGAGAUGAACAACUCUCGCCAUGCAUUUUUAUUCAUAUUUCAUUCAGUCCAUGGUGCUUAUUGUAAUUACUGAUGUUCUUUUAUAUGCUCUUCAAAUUUUCUUUUAUAUCCUGUUCACACUGUUAAUUUCUCAAAUUCACCACAGAACAUAAAAUCUGAAUUCAGUAUCAAAAUGUGAAUGGAGACUCCAUAUGCUGUGUCUGAAAGUUUUUUGAGUAAACGCACAUUACCAGGUUCAAACUGUUUUGUUUUUGUUUUUUUUUCUGAAGGGAUAAUAUUUCCAGGGUUCAACCAUCUUGCAGUUUACUUUGCCAUUUUACAAAGUAAAGUGUUUCUGUAUGUUCAGUGUGUGAAAGUCUCUUUUAUUGGCCACUUUGUUAGUGAUUCCAGCCAUUUGAUUACAUUUUAUAGAGCCUAUUUAAAAUUUUUUUAAAGGCCUCUAUCAUGGAAAAUAAGAGUUUGAUGUACUGUGGCAACAUUGUUAAAGUUUCACUCAACAGUUGUGAACAUGAAGUAGAAAACGUAAAGAACAAAUAAAGAUCAGACAAAACCA